AUUUUAGUUCAUUUGACGGGAAUGAUGAGGACGAAAUGUAAGUUUGGGCUCUAAUAUAUUUACACUGGAUAACUCAUGUAUAAGUCUUCACCUUACAUGUCAUGGCCUAGGUAACAGACCUUACUAGAUACGGUAGGUAAAUUAGUAUAGCUUAUCGUAAUAAGCCUAUGUCUGUGACAUAGGCUAUAUAUAUGUCCAUACCUUGGAACGAAACCACUGUGCCAUGAUAAAUGACCCUUGUCUUAAUAUUGAAUAGUAGUUUUAUGUUGCUUGUAUACGUUCUGUUCUACUUCAUGCUUGACAAGUUUAUUUACCUUCCUGAGUAUCUAAGUAAAUCUUUAGAGCAAAUCCAAAAGCGGGCGAUUUUAAUAACUCUAAUUAUGAAUAAAUUUUAAAUAGUAGAUUAUAUUAAAUUACCUUUGUAAAUUAUCUAAUACCUUAAUAAUUCAGCUUACUAACUGCAAAAAGGUUUUCAUUAAACAAUCUAUCUAUCUAUCUAGUUGUGAUGAGAAUGAAAUGAACAGUGAUCACUAUUAUGAACGAAAGUUGGUUCAGAACAUUACUGCUGAAGGAGGACUGACAAAAAUCCCAAGCAAGGAAAUGUUAAAAGAUUUUGUGAACAAGUAAGUAAAAACGUCUCUUUGUCGGAAGUCUCCUCUGUUUUGCAUCUUUCUGAUAUUAAUGAAAAUUUGUUGCAAAUAUAGUCGUUGAUUGAUUGUCUGACUUGCAUGAUUUAUUCGUUUACAUGAUUAAUUAAUUGGUAGGUGUGAUAGGUUGACUUGAUAGGUUGACACUAAUGAAUAACACGUAACAAUUCUAUUAAUGUUCUAUAUCUUAGAUCAUCCUCACUGGAAAUACCAGUUAUCUUAGAGAUUUUGGAUGAAAGGCUUCAAAGUUCGUCUCUUAACGUACAACUGGUAUGUACAGUAAAUCUAAACAGCUAGUCUUUUCCAUAGAGAUCCAUUCCCUUAUUGGUUUAUUUAUUACUACUACUACGAAGAAACCUACCUGUAAAUCAAACUAAGUCUGUUUAUACUGGAUAGUUCUAUCAGUUCCAAACUGUUCUCCCUAGAAGUCCAGUGAGGGUCAUCUCUUAUUGAUCCCGUGUUACAACAGGAGGAAACCUACACUAAACUAACUUUAUUUAUACUGGAUAGCUCUAUCAGUUCUAAACUGUUCUUCCUAGAGGUCCAGUAAGGAUCAUCUCUUAUUGAUCCAGUGUUACAGGAGGAAACCUACACUAAACUAACUUUAUUUAUACUGGAUAGCUCUAUCAGUUCUAAACUGUUCUUCCUAGAGGUCCAGUAAGGAUCAUCUCUUAUUGAUCCAGUGUUACUACAGGAGGAAACUAAACUAACUUUAUUUUUACUGGAUAGCUCUAUCAGUUCUAAACUGUUCUUCCUAGAGGUCCAGUAAGGAUCAUCUCUUAUUGAUCCAGUGUUACUACAGGAGGACACCGGAGUACCCGAGGAAAACCUGCGAUGUUUCCACUAUAGAUGAGUGGGAUUUUAUUUCUUUCUAGAAAUCGCUUUGUGUCGUUGAGUAUAUGUUGAGAAGUAAUCUGUCAAAUAUUCCUCGUGAAAUUAAUGAACAAUGCCCAAGUAUUCACUUGCUUGCUGAAAGUCAAGAUCUAACUGUCCAAGCAAAGGCGAACAAAGUGAGUUUACUGUGUGUAGAUAAUGUAAGGAGCAUGAGUUAUGAAUCCAGUGUUACUACAGCAGGAACGUGCAGUCACUGGAGUACCCACAGAAAAUAUUCAUUGUUUGAUUCAGACUGGAAGCUCUUAUAUAUAAUUCGGUGCCUUAAAUACCACAUACAAUGAACGUGAAUGUUGAAUGUUGAAUGAUGAAUUUUCUGUUGAAGAUUGUUCUAGCAAUCGCAUCGUAUUUGAAGCAAGAUGAAAAUCAGCCCGCUUCUAGAGGUAGGUGUGGUGGUCAUGAUGGUGAUGGUAUUGUAGUUGUU